CAAGCUUGUCCUCUUUCGCCGGCUGCUAGCCAUCCCGUAAAUUACCGUUCACAAUGGCGUACAUCUCCAAGAAGGAGGAGGAGAGCGGACUUAGUUCCUACUACAACAACAAAACCACGAUCAUCCAGGAGGCUCGCGUCUUUAACGAGUCUCCAAUCAGUCCCCGGAAAUGCAGGGCUUUGCUCACUCGGAUCGUCUAUCUGCUCUACAUUGGGGAAACUUUCAGCGCGCAGGAGGCCACGACACUAUUCUUCGGCACGACCAAGCUGUUCCAACACAAAGAUAGCGCGCUCCGCCAAAUGGUGUACCUCGCGAUCAAGGAGCUCGCAACCACGGCGGAGGACGUGAUCAUGGUCACGAGUAGUAUCAUGAAGGAUAUGCAGCCUAACUCGGAGGUCAUCUACCGACCAAACGCGAUCCGUGCUCUCUGUCGCAUCAUUGACCCAUCAAUGGCACAAGGUGUUGAGCGAUUCUUUAAGGCAGCCAUUGUCGAUCGAACACCUUCAAUAUCCUCGGCAGCCCUUGUGUCUUCGUACCACCUGUUCCCGCUCGCCAAGGAUGUGGUCAAGCGGUGGGUAAACGAGGCUCAGGAAGCUGUCAAUGCCAAGUCUUCUCCUUCGAUCUUUGGCGGAUCUAGUGGCGGGUACUUGAACUUUGGCUCUUCAAACUCCUCAUCCAACAGUGGAUACCAACCCAUUCCCUCGACUAGCUACAUCACCCAAUACCAUGCACUGGGUCUCCUGUACCUAAUUCGCCAGCAGGAUCGUAUGGCUGUCACCAAGAUGAUCCAGCAACUUGGCGGAGGCAAGUCUGGUGCCGGCACCACGCUCAAAAACGCUAUGGCUCUUUGCAUGCUCAUUCGGUAUGCGGCAAAGGUUAUGGAGGAUGACCCUAACGUUCAGAGACAAAUGGUUGAGCUUAUCGAGGGGUGGCUGCGGCAUAAGAGUGAUAUGGUCAACUUUGAAGCAGCUCGUGCCAUCUGUGAGAUGAAGAACGUCUCACCUGCACAGCUCACAAAGUCCAUCGCUGUACUGCAGCUUUUCCUAUCCUCACCAAAACCCGUUUUGAAAUUCGCUGCAACCCGCACGCUCGCUUCCUUGGCGCUAACUCAUCCGAGCAGCGUAGCUACUUGCAACGUUGACUUGGAAAAUCUUAUCGCUGACUCGAACCGGAGCGUUGCAACGUAUGCCAUCACGACUCUCCUUAAGACUGGCAACGAAGCUUCUGUCGAUCGCCUCAUGAAGCAAAUCACUGGCUUCAUGUCAGAAAUUAGUGAUGAGUUCAAGGUCAUCAUCGUGGAUGCCAUCCGCUCGCUCUGCUUGAAGUUCCCGGCCAAGCAUGUGUCGAUGCUCGCGUUCCUUUCUGGUGUCCUCAGGGAUGAGGGUGGUUACGAUUUCAAGCGUGCCGUUGUGGAAGCCAUCUUCGACAUGAUCAAGUUCAUCGGCGAAUGCAAGGAACAAGCCUUGUCUCACCUAUGCGAAUUUAUCGAGGACUGUGAAUUCACCAAACUGUCUGUUCGUAUCCUCUAUUUGCUCGGCAUUGAGGGACCCAAGGCUCCUCAGCCGACCAAAUACAUCCGCUUUAUCUACAACCGAGUGGUGUUGGAAAAUGCAACUGUCAGGGCGGCUGCAGUUGCGAGUCUGGCCAAAUUUGGCGUGAAUGGUUCGGAUGCUGCUUUGCGAAGGAGUGUCACUAUCCUCCUGAACAGGUGUUUGGAUGAUGUUGACGACGAGGUCCGGGAUCGUGCAGCUAUGUACCUGAAGGUGUUCAAGGAAACUCCUUUGGCCGACGCAUAUGUGAAAGAAGAUUCAGUUUUCUCUUUGGCUGCUCUAGAAUCCAAGCUCGUUUCCUAUGUCAAUGAUCCGGAUGCUACUCAAAAGCCGUUUGAUGCUUCGUCAAUACCGAAGAUCAGCCGGGCGCAGCUCGCUGCUGAAUCCACGCGGCCAAGCACUCUUGACACUAUUGCUGCACCGACCAGCAGAAAAACAGAAGUUUCACCUCCACCUCCUACCGCCGCAGAGACACAGUCUGCCUACGUGCAGCAACUGGCAGAGAUAUCGGAGUUUACGGAGUAUGGUCCAGUCUUGAACAGCUCGGCCAAGCCGGCCCAGCUCACCGAGACCGAGACCGAGUACCAAGUCACAUGUGUAAAACAUGUCUUCAAGGAGCAUGUUGUCUUCCAGUACAAUGUCUCGAAUACGCUUCCCGAAACUGUUCUCGAACAAGUCACUGUUGUUAUGCAGCCUCAAACGGAGUCCGGUCUUACGGAGGACUUCUCUAUGCCUGUUGAUCAACUUACUUCAGCAGCACCAGGCAUCGUCUAUGUGUCUUUCACCCGGGACGACCCUUCAGAAUAUGUCACUGCAUCCUUCCAGUGCAUUCUCAAAUUCGUCAGCAAAGAAGUCGACCCGUCUACCGGAGAGCCAGAGGAAGAUGGCUACGAGGAUGAGUAUCAGCUAGAGGAAGUCGAGCUUUCUGCUGGUGGCGACUAUAUCGUUCCGAGCUAUGCUUCGUUCUCGUCGGAAUGGGACCGCAUGCGGUCAGGCGCGACUGCCACGGAGACAUUUUCCCUCAGUUCCAUGGAAAGCAUCAAAGCCGCUUGUGAUUCGAUCAUUGAGGUGUUAAACAUGGAGCCAUUGGGCGGCACGGAGACACCAAAUUCGCAGUCCGUACACACACUUCAACUAUCCGGGUUAGUUGCAGGUGGCGGAGGCAAAGUUCUGGUGAGAUGUCGGAUGACAUUUUCUCGCGGUCAAGGUGUUACUUUAGAGCUCGGCGUGCGCGCCGAACAGGAGAGUGCUUGUGCACUGGUAUUGGCGGCUGUCGGUGGUUAAAUUCCCAAGUAGAUAUGUAUUAUCGUAAUUAUCUCCUUUUCGC